AUGUCGCCUACUCCCGAGGAACCUAAUAAUUUGCAGAACGGAAUCGAAAUCCAACCACACAUUUCAUCAGAAUCAGAUCAAAUUAGUGAACCCAGAUCAGAGCUUGAAGAACCUACAGCAGAUUCAAUUCCCAGUUCGGAAUUACAACAAGAACGUGAAUCGGAAUCAGUUAGUAAUGGAGUAGCAGAUUCGGAGCCGGAGUCUCCAAGGAAACAGUUAUCGGAGUCAAUUCAUUUACAUGUAGUGACGGGUGUUACAGAUCCGAGUGUUGAAGAGCAUAAAGAAACUUCCACCCCAUUCAACGGCAACACGGAGAACUUGCAACCUGCGUUGCGUAAAGACGAAGGAAGCAGAACGUUUACAAUGAGAGAGUUGUUGAAUGGAUUGAAAGGUGAAGAUGGUAGCGACGGCCUUAAUGAAUCUGAAGGCGAGAGGCCCGAGGGGAACUCCGGUCACAGCCUUAAUCAAGAUAGCCCACAUCAGCCUUAUUCUGAACAGAGUAGAGCUGCCAUGGAGUUGAUCAACAGUAUUACAGGUGUCGAUGAAGAGGGCCGUUCUCGUCAAAGGAUUCUCACAUUUGCUGCUAGGAGGUAUGCUAGUGCAAUUGAGAGAAAUGGUCAAGACUAUGAUGCUUUGUACAAUUGGGCUUUGGUCCUCCAGGAGAGUGCAGACAAUGUUAGUCCAGAUUCCACCUCGCCCUCUAAAGAUGCGUUGCUUGAGGAGGCUUGUAAAAAGUACGAUGAGGCCACCCAUCUGUGCCCAACACUUCAUGAUGCUUUUUAUAAUUGGGCUAUUGCAAUCUCUGAUCGGGCCAAAAUGCGUGGUCGUACGAAGGAGGCCGAAGAACUGUGGAAGCAGGCUACCAAAAAUUAUGAAAAAGCUGUCCAACUCAACUGGAAUAGCCCCCAGGCGCUAAAUAAUUGGGGGCUUGCCCUACAGGAACUCAGUGCGAUUGUGCCAGCACGAGAAAAGCAGACAAUUGUAAAAACAGCGAUCAGUAAGUUCCGUGCUGCUAUACAGUUGCAAUUUGAUUUUCAUCGAGCAAUCUACAACCUUGGCACUGUUCUGUAUGGAUUAGCUGAGGACACAUUAAGGACUGGUGGAACAGGAAAUAUUAAAGAUGUUUCCCCCAAUGAGUUAUACAGUCAAUCUGCUAUUUAUAUUGCAGCUGCUCAUGCUCUAAAACCAAACUACUCUGUGUAUAGCAGCGCCUUACGGUUGGUCCGUUCCAUGCUGCCGUUACCCUAUCUAAAAGUCGGAUACCUGACUGCACCUCCUGUGGGGAGACCACUUGCUCCUCACAGUGAUUGGAAACGUUCACAAUUUUUUCUAAACCAUGAUGUAUUGCAAAAGCUUAACAUAGGAGGGGAACAAAUACAAACAUCCCCUAGUACUUUAGGAAGAUCUGGAAGUACCUUGAAUGGCGACAGGACAAUCAAAGUAGAAAUUCCUGAUAUUGUCUCUGUAUCCGCAUGUGCCGAUCUUACUUUACCACCUGGUGCUGGACUCUGCAUUGACACAAUCCAUGGACCCAUUUUCUUGGUUGCUGACUCAUGGGACGCACUCGAUGGAUGGCUCGAUGCAAUUAGAUUAGUUUACACGAUCUACGCUCGAGGCAAGAACGAGGUUUUGGCUGGCAUCAUAACAGGUUGAUUGAUUAUUACCAAAUACACAAAAAAUGUAUCAAUGAUUCUAUCUUGAUGUCUAUAUAUUAUGCUUAAUUCACAAUAGUAGAUGGAGUAUUCAUUUCUCUAGAUUGAAAACACACAAUUUUGGGGUGCUUUUCCAGUGCUUAAAUACAUGUUUCUCUAGUCACCUUUCAUUUUCAAGUGUAAUAAUAAUAUUUGUACAUGUCGUUUAUUAACAACAGCACGCACAAAUGGUACGGUUUUAGACCUUGAGAAAUGAGAGAGCUUCAAAUUAAUUUCUUUUACAAA